AUUGUGGGUCGGAACAGCCACCGAGGCACAGCGUCGUCCUGCGUAGGGCGGCGGUACGAUCGACGGGGGGACGCAGCGAGAAUCGUCGCCCGCGGCCCCGUUUCUUACGGUCAUUACGGUGAUCCCGACAGCGGCUCCGGGUGUCAGCUGAUCCCGCGUUUCACCGCGAGGGAGCGAGGAGCAACAACACCGCCCGGAUACCCAGACACCAUGGCGGCGGAGAUCCACUCGAGGCCGCAGACCGCCAGGCCGGUUCUCCUCAACAAGAUCGAGGGACACUCGGACGCGGUGAACGCCGCCGUUUUAAUACCGAAGGAAGAUGGAGUGAUCACGGUCAGCGAGGACAGAACCAUCCGAGUCUGGCUGAAGAGAGACAGCGGCCAGUACUGGCCCAGCAUCUACCACACCGUCUCCUCUCCGUGCUCCUGCGUGUCGUACCACCACGACAGCAGACGCAUCUUUAUCGGUCAGGACAACGGCGCCGUGGUGGAGUUUCUCAUCUCUGAAGAUUUCAACAAGAUGAGCCACGUCAAGACGUAUCCAGCCCACCAGAACCGCGUGUCGGACCUGGUGUUCUCCCUGGAGAGCGAGUGGGUGGUGAGCACCGGCCACGACAAGAGUGUGAGCUGGAUGUGCACGCAGAGUGGAAGCAUGCUGGGCAGACACGUCUUCACCGCCUGGGCCUCCUGCCUGCAAUACGAUCACGAGACGCAGCACGCCUUUGUGGGCGACUACUCGGGGCAGAUCACCCUGCUGAAGCUGGAGAAGCAGACGUACUCCACCAUCACCACGCUGAAGGGCCAUGAAGGUAGCAUAGCAACCCUGUGGUGGGACCCCGUCCAGAGGCUGCUGUUCUCGGGGGCCGCCGACCACAGCGUCAUCAUGUGGGACAUCGGGGGCCGCAAGGGCCGCACGCUGCUGCUGCAGGGACACCACGAGCGCGUCCAGGCCGUCCGGUACCUCCAGCUGACCCGACAGCUGGUGUCGUGCUCGGCCGACGGGGGCAUGGCGGUGUGGAACAUGGACACGCAGAGGGAAGAGGCUCCGCCGUGGUUGGACAGCGACUCGUGUCAGAAGUGCGAGCAGCCGUUCUUCUGGAACAUCAAGCAGAUGUGGGACACCAAGACCAUGGGGCUCCGACAGCACCACUGCAGGAAGUGCGGCAAGGCUGUGUGUGGGAAAUGUAGUUCUAAGCGCACGGCUUUCCCCGUCAUGGGCUUCGAGUUCCCGGUGCGCGUGUGUGACGCCUGCUUCGACACCGUCAAGGAGGAGGAUCGGACACCGUUGGCCACGUUCCACGAGGGGAAGCACAACAUCGCUCACAUGGACAUGGACCCGUCCAGAGGCCUGAUGGUCACCUGUGGAAGCGACCGCAUAGUCAAGAUCUGGGAUGUGACGCAGGUGGUUGGCUGUAGCUUAGCAACAGGCUUCUCCUCGCGCUGAUUGGCCAGGCCCCAAACCCCCUCCUCCGUGCUCUGCCCACUCUCCCGAUGCCAUGGAAACCCCUCUGUACAGUAUAUCCCCCCCCCCCAAACACUCCUGGGAUCUUCAGCUCCAAUCAGGCCUGCUUGUGUGUGUGAGAGAGACACACUGCUGUCUUUGAACUCCAAGCGUGUGUGUGUGUGUGUGUGUGCAUGCACCGUAAUGAUUUCCCCUAUGGGAGGAAUGGUAUUGAUAUUAGCGUUUACACUACAUUAAUAUUUCAGAUGCUUCUUUUUUAUUUUUUAUUACCCUGUAAAGUUCCCCAAGUCACCGAUCUGUCGGUACAAACACACACUAACUGUCCCACCGCUCAUUCCUCCUCAUCACUGCAUCACCGAGCAGCCGGCUUCGUCUCCUUCCAUCGCUCCCCGUUCACCGGCCGGCCUUAAAUCACCCAGCCGGUUUUACGUCAGCGUCUCUUGUCCCCCAUCGUCCUCGUGUAACCACGCAAAGGGUGCAGCGGAAUCGUCCCGCCUUGCCGUGACAUCACUAACCCCAGGCCAUGGGGCCUCGCUACCAACGCGCAGACAUCCAUCGGGCCACGCUACCAACGCGGAGACAUCCAUCGGGCCACGCUACCAACACGCAGACACCCGUCACGCUCUCUAGGAGCCGAGGUUGGAGAAAUAAGAUAAAUGCACUUAAAAGGUCCUCCAAGCUCCAGGUGGCACUACGUUCUCCUUCGUUCAUCAGCGCUAACAACCUUUAGCUGUAGGCUCACACGCGUGUCCCAGAUGUCUCGUAACACUCUUACAGUUGCACUGAAUUGCACACCUCGUGGUCUUUUUGUCUUCUGAAUCGAAGCGUUUUCUGUAGUUUGGCCGCGUGUCGAUUCAAAGGAUCCCAUGUGGCGUCCUCGUAAAUAACAGCUGGCGUCUCCUAAUGUCCAACUUAACGCGUAUCGCCUUAUCGGAGGAGGGGGUAAGAAUGAGCAUCAUGAUGUUGGAGUUCCUGAUUUUGAAAAUGUAGUCACAUUCCAGGUUUUUGAUCAUGUCGUGUAUAUUUGUAGUAAAGUAUCUAUAAUCGUUGUAAAAGGAUGUUUACCCGUCACACUGUAAUAUCUGGGGUUUGACUGAAGGCCGGAUGCCUUUUCAAUCUGUCAGUAAAUUUCUUUGCAUGAAUGUUUAUCAUUUCAAUAUUUUUUUCUUCUUUUCUGUCGUUUUGUUGAAGGGAAACGCGUCUUUAUUCCGGAAGCUUUGGGAUAAAACUUCUUCUAUGGAAAUAUUAAUUUGCUUAAUAUUCAAUACGUUAAAGGAUUAAAUCAAAUAUGUGCAAUAGUAAAUCUUUUAAUAAUAAUGGAUGUAUUUUUGGGGUUGGGGGGGGUUUUGCUCUAAAUUCAUUUUAAAACUUCAACUUCAUACACGCUAUGCUAUGCUAUGCUGAGCUGGCUCCUUAGUGAGGCGGCUUGACGCGAGGUUAACGGUUAAGUUGCUUUAUAAUAGCCUCAACUUUGAAAUCUCAUUUGAUCCUCCUUUAAUAUAAUGAAAUAUUGAUUAGUGCAUUAAAAUCAUUAAUAUUUGGGAACUGAUCUCUGAACAACCCAAAGUCACGUCACGAUGAAUCCUCUGGGAUCUAAAGGGCCACUGACGCUCCGAACAAUCGGGAGGACCGAUGUCAGUGACGGUUUAUCUCCUUUUUCCUUUCAAACGAUCAUUCCAAACACUACGAUGGACACAGAUUACAAAUCCUCGGUAACCGUAAUCACAAACUCUGUAAAUGAUUUCUUUAUUUUGGUUUGACUUCCGAUUCUCGUUUAUUUAAUGUAUCUCAAAACAAAUCACUGUAUUUUUCAAUCCUUCUGUUGAUAAUAUUGACUACGGUCUCUCUGAGCCCUCAACCGGACGCAGAGAGGAAAGAAUUGAUGCUUAAUAAAGAUAUUCUGAUAUGUU